AACAGACAGAAAUCAACGGCAGAUGAUAGCCGGUGAACAAUUCAACGGAUGACACUGGGUCAACUAACUCGACUCGCUUGAACUCAAAUGAGCUAUUUUCCUUUCGACGAGCAACAUUGUUUGGAAAUCAGUGGAGAUAGUAGCAGCACAAUGACCUCUCUUCUCUCUUCUUCUGUCCAUUUUCUGUUUUUGAUAUCCAUUAUCAUCGACAGGACCUACUCAUUCUCACGGGCGAAAUCGACAACUUCAGAAGCACUUGGCUUAAAUGGACUAGUGUUAGAGGAGUUCACCUUUCCUGCAAAAUCAACUCCUUUCAACAGUUGCCAUGCUUCUACCAUUGUUGAGGUUAGAAAGGGUCAUUUUUUGGUUGCCUACUAUGGUGGCACAACAGAGGGAGCACCUGAUGUCAAAAUAUGGCUGCAGACUCACAAGAAUGGCAGAUGGAAACCACCUGUAAUUGCUGAUGAAGAACCAAAUGUUCCAAUGUGGAACCCUGUGCUAUUUAAACUUCCAUCAAAUGUGUUGCUGCUAUUCUACAGGAUAGGCUUAGAUGUUCAAAAAUGGAGUGGAUUCAUGAAACGUUCAUAUGAUAAAGGCGUCACGUGGACAGAAAGAGAACAGCUUCCUCCUGGUAUUUUAGGACCUAUAAAGAAUAAGCCUCUCUUACUGGAAAAUGGUCUCAUGCUUUGUGGGUCAUCUGUUGAAAGCUGGAACUCUUGGGGUGCAUGGGCAGAGGUAACAACAGACUUUGGUAGAACAUGGAGAAAAUAUGGACCUAUUUACAUUGAAAAUAAACCUCUUAGUGUGAUUCAACCAGUGCCUUACCAAACUGCCAGAGGAACCUUGCGAGUCCUGCUUCGAUCCUUUACCGGCAUUGGUAGAGUCUAUAUGUCAGAAUCCUUUGAUAAUGGCAAGACUUGGGGAUAUGCAAAACCUACUCAGCUCCUAAACCCAAAUUCAGGUAUUGAUGGGGUUAAGCUGAGGAACGGCCAUCUAUUGCUUGUGUACAACACCAUUUCUAGGGGUGUGCUUAAGGUUGCCCAGUCUGAGGAUGACGGAGAUUCCUGGGAUGAGGUUCUUACACUGGAGGAUACCUUGGGAAUGGAAUACUCGUAUCCUGCUGUUAUCCAAUCUACUGAUGGACUUGUGCAUAUCACCUAUACAUAUAACAGGACACAGAUUAAGCAUGUUGUUCUUCGGCCGAACUGAUGCAGAGCAACCUGUUUCAGAUAAGCAGGGACCAACAAACCCUCCUGCAGCACUUAGACCAGAAAUAAAGGAUUAUGCUCCCAAUUGAAUCCUUUGAUUUUUUUUUUUUUUGGGGGGUAAUUUUUGGCUCCACCUAAAAU